CCUGCUGCCGACGUCGCUGACGCCGACUUAGCUCAGUCUCUACUCCCUGGCCCCUGCAACUCAGAGUGCGGGUAGACCGCGCCGAGUGAGGGUGUAGUGUUGAAACUGUGCAGCGCAUACCUGAGACAUCUUCGUCGUUCGUUGCCCUAGUUCGCGAAUUCUGUUGGCAAGUCGACAGUUUUCCUCAUGUUUCCGCUUCUCUAGAGUGCGGGAAGUGCCUGAACUGAUAAGACAAGUUUCUAAUCAGAGCCCCGAUGUCAACUGGAAACAGAAAACGAAGAGAAACUCGUUUUGGGACUGUUUCCACACCGAGCAUUGACCUGCACUGAACUCACGGAAUUCUACAUACGGAUCAUCGCUUGAGUCACGUGCUAUGAAAUCUGUGGAAACUCCAUUUAUAUCAUUCACAAGACUGUCUCGGUCGUCGACGUUGCUCGCUCAUAACCGCACUGGGUUGCGAAAACUACACCCAUCUUAUCCGGACAAAAAUAUCUGCAGGCUACAGGAGUCUCCGUGCUUUACAAGCUCCCGGAUAAAAUCGGCCAGGGGAUGCCCUAAGAAAAUGACGAUAAAUUCAUGCGAUAUGGAGUUGCUCGAGGGAGUCACGCACGAGCAGCGGGCGCAGUGCUCCACGAUGUCGAGCAAAGUUUGUCAGGAAACCAUGACAAAAUUUUGUCAGAGGACAAAGCCCAAAAUUUUCCGGAGGACGAAGACAGAAGGGUUGGCCUUCCUGUCGGUGGCUCUGCUGAUGGCGCUGAUGAUGUCAUUGGGAUUGUCGUCAGCGCAGGAGGAUGCAGACGUGGCGGAGCUGUCAGCCGCGUCAGACUUUAACGGCGUGCAGCUGCAGUGGAGGUACCCGCGCCGGGGGCGGGGCCCCAGUCUCUUCAAGAUCACCCACUGCGAGGACCAAGCUUGGGGACCUCAUCGCUGCCGGAAUAUUAUGCUAAACCCGAACGAAGUGACACAGACGCCACUUAGUGACGGAUCAGUGCAAUACUCGAGCAAAAUAUCACACCUGCGCAUGGCAACGAACUACACCAUCGAGGUGACACCUGUCGACCAGCACGACCAGAACCCUGAAGUUGGUGGACAGAGAGUACCGUCACCUAAAGGGCGUGCCAUACCUGACGAGGGCCACCGAGCUCAAGUCUUCGUUCAGACAAAAGGAUUUUCAGCUCGCGCGCUCAGCUGCCUCACCAACUCCACGCAGAUCCAAGUUGAGACUGGACCUCAUUUCGGCGGCAAGGUGCGUGGCGGCGCUGUUAACGUGAGUUUACCGGAAGACCCGGAAGCGUCUAAGGUGGUUCCGGUUGACCAAUCCGUAAACGAGGUGGACCCGUCCGAGCUGUUCGACUCGAGCGACAACCUCGUCAACCGCCGACUGGGGGCGAGGAGGUCUGGCAAGGCACUCAAACUUGAACAGGACGCGGCACCAGAGACUGGUCCAAGGAUGUGGACACAGCUGGUGCUGAUGCUGGUUAUGGUGGUGGGGGCGGUGGUGGGACUGAGCUGCGCCUUCUGGCACUUCGGGAAGCACGCGGGCUUCACGGCCUGGAAGAAAAACGCCGGCCCUGAUAUCGAGACAUUAUCUCCAACGACUGAGGACUUGGAGAACAUAGAGCGAGCUUCAAGCGCCGAAAAUUCUUCAGAAAAUUCGGGGACAUCGGCAGCGCCUCCUUCAAGUGGCAUGCAAAACUCACCCCUAGAAGACGACGAGUUUCGUCUGGACCAACUAACCUCUGCAGACUUUACAGCCGUAAACCCAAGCAUGCAGCACACCUCUACAGACUUAACAGCUGUAAACUGCAGACCGAACGCACACUCUUCUGACCCACAAUCUUCACUGUUGAACUCUACGAUCUCGGAGGGUGAUGAAUCGUUAGGAUUCAACUCGUUGAUGGGUAAGAUCUGCGCGUCUGGCGUGGUCUCGCCCAGCGUUGACGCCAUGUUGAAAAACUCGGAAAAGGUUGACGCUGAAUUGCAAUCCUGCGCAGAACUGCAGUGGGAGAAAUUCGAUGAGAAUCAUGGAGAAGAUGAGGCCCCGAUUCUCGUAUGAAUAUCAUAUUUACUUUGAAAAAGUUUUAUUUCUCUGUAAGGAGGAUUACUAAUAGUUAUUUGCAAUUUUAUUCUUUAUACGAAAUAGCUGUUUGAUAUAAUUGAGAUAAGACUUUUUCCUUUCAAACAUCAAAGAAAAAAUAGUUCCUUUUUAUAAUAUAUUAUUUUAAUUACCGCCUUGCAGUUGAAAGCACAUGUUAUCCGUUCAUGGGAAAUUUAUUUCGAAAUGUAAAAAAAAAUGUGGAACUGGAAGCUUACGUAACGUUACGAUAUUCGUUAUUUCUUGAUAACAAUGAUUGCAAUUUCUGGUUUCAGGCCUAAAUUAACAAGAGAAAUGUUUUUUUUAAACUCUUGGUAUGGAAAUUGUGACCGCAAUCAAUUAAUUAUCAACGUAACUUCAACUAGAGCGCUUGAAUUAAAAAAAAUUGUCUUGGUUUAUCAUGAAGCUUUUAUACCAGGCGACUAUUUUAGGCAGGAAUGUGGGAGAGGCAUGGCAAGGGAUAUGAUCCGUUAUUUUACGUUAAAAUCUAAAUCAAUUGAAUUAGUUUUUCAAUUUUCUAAUGAGGUACCUACGUCUUUAGACAGUAAUAAAGAUCUUCAUAGAAUUCUAGUAUUUGGCAUUCCUAAUAUUAUUUAAUAUUAGUUAAUAUCAUUCGCCUUACAUUUCCAUCGUUAUAAUUUUAAUUUAGGAAUUCUUGAUCUAAACACUGUACCGAAACUUAUAUUAAUAGAUAUUUCCUGCCUAUAUGUUAUUCAAUAAUUCAAUAAUUAUUAAACUGCUUAUAUAAUUGUUCUAUUACCAAAUGUUGUUUUGGAAUUAUUUUUACUUCUUUGUUUUGUAUCUGGAAAACAGUUCGGAAACGAAUUUUCCACGUAAACUUUUUGAUUGGAGUUAUUUAUGUGUUUGCUGAACUAUUUGUGUCACACAUGUAAUUCGCCAUGCUUUAAUACUCUAUUUUUUCCAUGUCAAGUUUAAUAAAUAUACUAUAAUACUUUUCACAAACUUCA